UUUUUCAAACAACAAUCUCAACUGACACUUGCUUUUUCUGUAAAUUUGUUCUUGAGCUGCGUGAUUGGUUUAUGUUGCUGUGAAGACAUAUUUGUAAAUGAUUAAGUGCGCAACGACUCUUCUUCAAUGUUGAGAGUUAUGCUUUAGCAGUGAGUUUUCAAUGAAAAUGUACGACCAACAGGAGGAUGACCGGGGAUAUUUUGUAUACGUGAAUCGUUACAAUGGCACCACCCAGCCCGACAACCCCAACUUGACUUAUAUGGUGAACAUCAUAGUGGAAAAAUUCUCCGCUUCGAAAUACAGCACCUACCGGUGCGCAUGCAAGUUGUUGGCCCUGCAGAAGGGACUCUAUACAUGCUACAUUCCAUUUCAAACCAUUUGCGGCAUUCUGGAGCGCCAUCGCCUGAACCUUAUCGACAGUGCACCUUCGAUAAAACCCACUCAGCUAACAGCAGUCCUGCAUGAUAUAUAUUUCGCAGCGGAACAACUCGGUUAUUUUGCCGAGCUAAACCAUCCGCCGGACCGCGAAACCUCCGUUGCAACACUUGCUGGGCUUUUUUGGGCCGUUUAUGAUCCGAAACGGUGCAAUCCAAUAUCGGUGCUAGAGCUAAAGCAAACGCUCCUAUUGUUGUGUGAUACAGCAAACUUCGAACAAGUCGUGUGGGAACAUUUUCAACUGACGAGUGAUCACAAUCUGUGCGUAUCGCGCCAUCGUUUCGAUGCUAUGCUGAUGAACCUUGCGAAACUGUUAUCGUUUCUAGGUGAACCCGACCAUCUGAAAGCAAAUAUCGUGCAAGAGAUAGUUAGCGAAUGUUUUGUGCACUAUCCAGGACUGGUUGGUCUUACGGAGUAUCAGUUUUCGUGUCUGUGGAAACUGUCAUCUAAAUUUUCGUACUACUCCAAUGUGCUAGCACUGACAAAACGUUUGAAAGACUCGGAAUUUGUUGUGCAUAACAUGCACUGUGUAGCAUGUCGAAUGCAAAUUCAAGGGUUACGAUUCAAAUGCCAGAAAUGCCGCAGUUUUUCUCUUUGCAUUGACUGUUUCAGCCAAGGCUACACCAGUAAAGGUCACAAUGUGGGACAUAAAAUGUAUGAAAUCAGUACAAAUGAUGACACAAACAAAAAAUUGUCUGUGCUACUGUCCAAGCUUUGCAAUUUAUGCAACGGUGCAUCCACAACACAAUCCACCCAACAGCAGCCUUCAACGUUUGACAACAUGGAAGCUAAGCUAAUUGAUACCAACGCGGUUGAAUUGCAGGAAAUCGAACACCCGCCUGCAGCAAGCAGUACUUUGCGUGGUACCCUUUCACGUUCACUCAAUUUCACUAGCAGUGCUAGUAAAAAUGUUUCUGGUAGGAAUAACAGUAUUUUCAGCCACAUCGAUUGCCAGCUGUUCACGAGUACCAAGAACCAAUCGUUGAAAGAAAAGCUCUCCGAAGUAAUAUGCUUGUUCGAAGAGGACAGUGAAAAGUAUCGAUUGAAGCUAGCGAAUCUGAAGACAAACAGUAACAUCGAGAAGGAUCAACUGGAAUACUUUGAUGCUCACGGAAAAUUCGUUGCAAGCCAACUAAAACAACUGAGAGAAGUCUGUUCGAAAAUUGGACGAGGAGCCCCACAGAGCUCGAGUACUCCAUAUCGGUCUUCGAGCGAAGUGAAGGGAAAGAGACUUUCGUUGGUUACUGUCGCUCCAUUGGAUAAAUCUCUUGCUGACGCCGAAAAAAAUAAAUCAUAUGUUAACGAGCAAUUUCAUUCAGAACUGUCGGUUCGUGAUGUGAGCUCGUGGUUCCAUUUGAACAAUCCCUCUGAGACAAUGCUCGGACAAAUGGAGAAGUCUGCUGGAUCGUCCCCGAGUGAUAAUCACAAAAAAGCCGUUGAUGAGCUAAACCGUUGCAUCGACAAUCUUAAAAUAGACACGCAAAUGGCGAACUUUAAGGAUCUGUUGCUUAAAGUACGUGAAAUAGUUGACGAUUCUUACAGUGACAAUACGGAGCUAGCUCAGACUACCCAGCAAUUGGAAAAGGCCUUGGAUCGAAUAAUUGAGGAAGAGGAACGGAAACGUUUGGAAAAUGUUUAGUUCAUAACAUCAAGCACGAGAUUUUACUUAAUUUGAAGGCAAUUUUAUAUAUAUAUUGUAUCGACUGUAAGACGUACAAACUUAAAAAUACAACA